AUGGCUACCAAUCACUGGGUCAAGGACAGAGUUAUAAAUUGGCUUAGGGAAGAUCCAACUAUUCAGGCAACAGAUUUGAGGAAGAAGUUGCAAGACAGGUAUUGCAUUAAGCUGAGCUACUUCAAAGUGUGGGACGGCCAGCAGAUGGCAUUGGAUGAGAUAUUGGGUGGAUGGGAUGACAGCUUUGUACAAGUUUUUUCUUGGAAGAGGGAGAUUGAGAAGAGAUGUCCAGGUAGUGUUGUAGAUAUUGAGUGGGAUAUUGUGAAUAUGGAAAGAAGAUUCUCUAGGAUGUUUGUAGCACUGAAGCCAUGCAUUGAUGGCUUCCUUCAAGGUUGCAGACCUUAUUUAGGCAUAGACUCCACUGUUUUGACAGCCAAGUGGAAGGGUCAGUUAGCAACAGCUGUAGGUGUGGAUGGCCAUAACUGGAUGUUCCCAGUGGCUUAUGGUGUCUUUGGCAGUGAGACUAAAGACAACUGGGAGUGGUUCAUGCAGAUGCUGCAUAAGGCAAUUGGUUCUCCUAAAGGUCUUGUAAUCUCCAUAGAUGCAGGGAAAGGAAUUGAUGAAGCAGUUACAAAGGUAUUCAAUAAUGGAGUGGAACACAGGGAAUGCAUGAGGCACCUUGUAAAGAAUUUCCAGAAGAGGUUUAAGGGAGAAGUUUUUGAGAGGAACUUGUGGCCUGCAUCAAGGUGCUAUAGAAUGACAACCCAUGAGAGGCACUGGAAUGAGAUACAUAAAGCAUGCCCAAAGGCAACACAAUGGCUUUUGGAGAAUCACAAGCAAAAGUGGGCAAGAGCCAAGUUCAGCACAGAAAGCAAGAUUGACUAUGUCACAAACAACAUUGCAGAGACCUUCAAUAGCUGGAUCAGGGAGUACAAGUCUUUACCUGUGUUAGACUUGAUGGACAGGAUUAGACAGCUCAUCAUGGAGAGGUUUUGCACUAGGAUGCAGCUGGCUGAUAAACUGUCAGGAUUCAUGAUUUUGCCACAAGUAAUGAAGGAGUUGCACAACAAAAGCAGAAACCUUAAUUACAGCAUUCACAGGAGUGGCCCCAUGGUUGGAGAGGUUGGAGGGGUGAGUAAGGACCUAGUUCCAUGGAGGUUCAUUGUUGAUCUAGAGAAGAGAGAAUGCACUUGUAGAGGCUGGCAGCUGACUGGACUUCCAUGUGUGCAUGCCAUAUCUUUCAUUGGCACAAAGAGGAUACCAUUGGAGGAUUAUGUGCAUCCAUACUACUCUGUCCAAAUGUUCAAAAAAGCUUAUGCAUCUGCAGUGCCUCCAAUGCCAGGCAAGGAGGAAUGGGAAAAGGUAGACCUUGGGUUCAAACUCCUUCCUCCAAUCUGCAAAAGAGCAGCAGGAAGGCCAAGGAAGAGAAGGUUUAUUGGAGUUGAAGAAGGUGGAUCCAACACCAAAGGAAAGAGAAGGUGCAAAAGAUGUGGUGGAUUUGGACACCUACAAAAAACAUGCAAUGAAACUGUUCAUGACCCAGAUGCACCACCACCUGCACCACCAAAGAAGAGAAGGACUUACAAGCCAAAAGUGAUAGAGAUUAUAGAAGAAACAGUGAGUGAUCCAUCUAAGAAGAAGAAGAAGAGGGCUAACAAGCCAAGGGUGGUAGAGGUUGUAGAAACAACACAAGAUGCACCUAAGAGUCAGAAGAGGAAGGCCCCUAGCAAGGGUAAUCAAGCCAACAACAAGAAGAAGGGAACCACUGCUGCACAGAAUGACGCAUCAACUACUGCACAGUAA